AUGUCCGCCUCUCUUGGCUUGGGCGGUAGCCAUGCCGCCGACAAGGCCAGCGCUGCCGUUAACACAAGUACGGAGCAACCUUCCAAUGCCGCUUUAGCGCAGAUGCUCAACGAGCACGCCCUGGCGCCGGCCUCCAUAAGCGCCCUCGAGGUCCAUGGCGCCACCAACACCAGAAAGAGCUUGCUCGACCAUGUCUUCCAGCCUGUUAUCGAGGACACUGCCCCCCCUGGAACUACAAUGGGCCAGGUCCUCGACCGCAUUACUGCAGCCACCAAAAAGCUCUCUCGAUUCGAUAUCUUCAAGGAGGAAGGGUUCGGCGUGUUUCUGUCCGAAGCCCCGCGCCCCGAGUCAGCGCCGCCGAGCGACAGAACCGAGCUCGACGUGUCGAUCCGUGUGAAAGAGAAGUCACGCCUAGUGUUCAGCGCCGGCACCGACUUUGGUAAUGCCGAAGGCUCUGCGUACACCAAUGCCGUAGCACGCAACAUCUUUGGCGGCGCCGAAACCCUUUCGGUCAACGCGAGUGCCGGAACCCGGACGAGAUCUGCCUACAACGCUACCCUCUCGGCCCCGGUCAACGGCAAUCCCGAUCUACGGCUCUCCGUGGAAGCGCUUCGCUCGAUGACACAGAAGCCGUGGGCAUCGCACGAAGAACAACUCACGGGAGGGAACAUCCGGCUUGCGUGGCUGUCGGAAAACAACGACACUCAUGCUCUUGCAUACUCAGCUGCCUGGAGGCAACUCACCGGUUUGGCCGCUACAGCCUCGCCCACCGUCCGUGCUGAUGCCGGUGACACCCUCAAGAGCUCACUAACACACACCUUCACGCGUGAUCGCCGCGACAACCCGAUGUUGCCACAAAACGGCUAUCUACUCCGCUCCAUCUCUGAGCUGGCCGGUUGGGGCCCCCUGAACGGCGAUGUCUCUUUCGCCAAGACCGAAGUCGAAGCGUCUGGUGCGCUACCGCUGACGAUCCCUGGCCGCCAGGGCAAGUCGGGCGUUUCCAUCGGCGGCGGCCUUCGUCUCGGCCUCCUGUACCCCCUCCCGUUGGCCUAUUCGCUCACCGGCGCCACCCAGCCGAGUCGCAUCAACGACCGCUUCCAGCUCGGUGGCCCCACCGAUGUCCGCGGUUUCAAGGUCGGCGGUAUUGGUCCUCACGACGGCGCUGACGCGGUUGGCGGGGACGUCUUCGCCGCAGGGAGCGUCAACGCGCUCUUCCCGCUGCCCCGCACGGGGCCGGACUCGCCGCUCAGGCUGCAGCUUUUUGCAAAUGCCGGACGGUUGGUGGCGCUCAAUACCAAGGGCACGGAAAAGAAGGGGAGGGAGGGGCUGGCUAUGGACUCGGCGACCGUCUUCAGGGGCGUCAGGUCUGCUGUCGGCGAACUCACAAACGGGCUGCCGAGCCUAGCGGCUGGUGUCGGGUUGGUGUAUGCCCACCCCGUGGCACGCUUUGAGCUGAACUUUAGCCUGCCGCUCGUCCUGCGGAGGGGAGAGGAAGGGCGGAAGGGGUUACAGGUUGGUGUGGGCAUCAACUUCUUGUAA